AUGCCUUAUUGGAGGAACUGGAGCGCUCCACCCUCCAAGACAGUGAUGAAUCCUCCAACCCAGCUCCUCUUUCCCUGGAUCAGCGCUCCAGAAAGGAGAGUAACCUUGCUAAGACUUCAGAGACCCCUUCUGUUCAGAAUGAUACAAGUCCCUUGCCGUGAGGCCCAAAAGCCAAAGGAAGCACCACAUCCUCCGAAAACCUCAGCAGCUGCUCAGCUGGAUGAGCUCAUGGCCCACCUGUGUGAGAUGCAGACCCAGGUUGCAGUGAAAGCAGAUGCCAGCAAGAAACACACAGCAAAUAAGCAAGAUCCCAAGGCCUCCCUGGACUCAAUGCUGGGGGGUUUGGAGCAGGAUCUGCAGGACCUUGGGGUUGCCACAGUGCCCAAGGGCCACUGUGCUUCCUGUCAGAAACCGAUUGCAGGAAAGGUGAUCCAUGCUCUAGGGCAAGCGUGGCAUCCAGAGCACUUUGUCUGCACUCACUGCAAGGAGGAGAUCGGCUCCCAUCCCUUCUUUGAGCGGAGUGGCUUGGCCUACUGCCCCAAGGACUACCACCAUCUCUUUUCCCCACGCUGCGCUUACUGUGCUGCUCCCAUCCUGGAUAAAGUGCUGACGGCAAUGAACCAAACCUGGCACCCAGAGCACUUCUUCUGCUCUCACUGUGGAGAGGUGUUUGGUGCAGAAGGCUUUCAUGAGAAGGACAAGAAGCCAUACUGCCGGAAGGAUUUCCUAGCCAUGUUCUCACCCAAGUGUGGCGGCUGCAACCGCCCCGUGUUGGAAAACUACCUUUCAGCCAUGGACACUGUCUGGCACCCGGAAUGCUUUGUGUGUGGGGACUGCUUCAGCAGUUUUUCUUCCGGCUCCUUCUUUGAACUGGACGGACGUCCGUACUGUGAGCUCCAUUACCAUCAGCGGCGGGGAACACUCUGCCACGGGUGUGGGCAGCCCAUCACUGGCCGCUGCAUCAGUGCCAUGGGCCACAAGUUCCAUCCCGAGCACUUCGUCUGUGCUUUCUGCCUGACACAGCUGUCAAAGGGCAUCUUCAAGGAGCAGGACGACAAGACCUAUUGUCAACCCUGCUUCGUGAAACUCUUCCCCCUGUAAUCUCAGCUGAACCCACAGUCUCCACAGAUCCCCUACAAAAUUUAAACCAGGCGGGGGGGGGGAGUAUACUUUGUUGUUACUGCUCUUCAGCUCAGUGGGCAUAUAGAGAAAGUAAAGGUAAUGAACUUGUAGUUGUUACAUGGCUAGGCUUGUUUAGGUUUUAGAUUUCUAGUCUUAUUUUUUUUUUCUUAAUCAGGUACUUGGAUUUAGAUCUGGGUCCCACUACUCGUGCCUCUGCAGAUGCAUCUUCCACAUGCACACAUUCAUUCCACCGCUGGUUUUCUCAGAUUUCUCUGCAGAUGCAGAUGCAUCUUCCACAUGCACACAUUCAUUCCACUGCUGGUUUUCUCAGAUUUCUCUGCAGAUGCAGAUGCAUCUUCCACAUGCACACAUUCAUUCCACCGCUGGUUUUCUCAGAUUUCUCCCAUUUUCACUCCUGCGAUGGCCCUCUUCCCUGGGCCUUUUCAUACCUCCCUCAUUUCCCCGUGACUCACUUUCCCAUGACCAGUGCAUUGUCCUCGCUGUCAAGAAUCCUGAUGCCCCCCCCAAAGCUCUCUGCAUCUCUCUUCAGUGUACUUCUCUUUUUCAAGAGCAAGUAGAUUUUAACUGGACCACUUUGAGUACUGACAUCAUUGAUAAAUAAAAUGGCUUUCAGUUUUAAUGUCUUACUGUCAUGUUUGGAGAUAAACUGCUUCCUGUGUUAUAUACUCAGCACUAUGUGCAGUUAAAUCCAUAUCGUAUCUUUUGUUUACUUCCAUACAAUAGGCACUUUUUCUUAAUCAAAAGAAAUUGAAAGGAGGGACUCCUGUUCACCAACUUUUCUCUUGGUUUGGGCCCAUAAUAUUCAUUUUGUUUUGUAUUUUGACCUGAGAUGAUUGAAUCAUCUUAAAAGGUGGCAUAGCCUCUUAAAAUUGUUUACCCAAAGUGAAAAACCAAAUCUCCACUAGACACUUGAAAAUUCAUAUUUGUAUGCAUUUCUACAAACUCAUGCAAUUGUGUAUAUUGAAUAAGUUCAGUUUUUCUGUAUAUCAAUUAUAUCUCAAUAAAGCUGUUUUUAAAAAAUGAAA